CACGCGCCGGGGUGUUCGUGUCGCCCGGUCCCGCGCUCUCAUAUCAAUAAUUCAAAUUUAAAAAAACGUUACACAUACAUAACGAAUUAGUAUGACCUUUGAUUAAUUUGUCUCGAACAAUGCAUCAUUAGCCAGUGUCGAUCAGUGCUACAGUGCCAAGGCCGAACGCAGUUCACAAAAUGGAAGACGUGUAUACAAUUAAAGUCAAAACAAAGCCAGAUACGCGUAACUUGUAUCCGUCGGAGCGCCGCUACUCCGCCUCCACGGUGUCGGGGCUGGCCUGGGUCCACAUCGCGCUCUCCGCCACCUCGUUCCUGCUGGCGUGUCUGGCCUUGGUCAACCCGGACGAGGGAAAACAACCUAAUAACACAACAGAGUCCCUGAACUCAAUCAACGGCACAGCCAACACGUCGUUCGUCGCGGACAAUGGGUACAUACUGGUGCUGGCGCCGAGCUUGCUCAGCGUGUUCGGCCUGGCGGCGGGCGUCGCCAGCAUCAUGGCUUCCGUGAAGUGGUACAUAGACCACAACAUCACCUGGCUAUUCAUAGCCUCGGUUAUGUCCACUGUAGUGUCCUUGGCAUCGUUUGUAAUGGUAGCGGUGUGGUUCGCCUCCACGUCUGAAGGAGAAAUAACAGACUUUUAUAAAGAUAAAGUACCUUUCAAAGAUUUCGUGGUCGUAAGACAGGCAGAUGUGUAUGAGCAUAACUCUUCACACGUUAUAGUGGCUUUAAACUCCACUAAGGUGAGCGAGGAGAGUCAAGGAUCACGAGUGUUCACGACGGGAGUACUCUCCAUCAACAUCCUCAUAGCCGCCUUCCUCGAAGUGCUUUGGUCGAUCCUGAGCGUCAAGAUAUCAUAUAGAGGCAUGCGGAACAACUACAAAGACGACAGCAGCGAGCCAAGAGGAAAAUGCAUAUCUGUUGUCACCAAGAUAAAAGGAAACGAUCCUAAACACAUCCCUCGGAACGGAAAAUUGCUGAAACCAAAACCGGACCUCAUAGAACAUUAUCCCAAUAAGAAGAUCAAAAAGAUAUACCUCGCUCAAGACGAAAACGGGUUCUAUUUGAAGAACCAAAACAACAAAGUGAAGCAAAACACGGAGACUAGCUCUGAGAUAUAUAAGGAGAGGAUGAUGAACUUCCUCAACCGCUGCGCCUCUCUCGAGGGCGUCUCCAACCCUGAGGCAACUCCGAGCGUUCACUCAGACGCACUGAACACUAUCCCGGAAGUUGCCAGCGCUGAAAUUAACCUAGAAAAUGAACGUAAAGCCACAACGAGCCCGCUCAGCUGGGGAGACACUCCCGACCACACCGUGUACAAUCAGAACACGCUGAACUUAGACAAUAUAUUUAAUUUUACGAAGAAAGUGGAUGCGAAAAACGAAGAGCCAAGUGAAAACGACAAUCUGUAGGUAAUUAGCCGUGAAACAUGCGCCGCGACGUACUCGACUUACUCGCUCCCUCCGCGGGACUCGCCACUGCCUCACAGACAACUACUAGCGAUGUUACUGUGUAUUGUACACACUCACUGGUAGGUAAGCGGUACGUGAAGCCUCUCCCUGUCAUCAUCAGCAAAUAGCGCGAUUACAGUAGUUUCUUUUACUUAGACCAAUUCUGUAAUGAACUGUUCCGUGGUCUGAAAGUGCCACGACACGCCAGGAUAUAAACUACUUUGGAAGAGUUCACGCUUCAGUUACUUGGUAUGACAAGUUUUCUACCAUAUGAGACAUCAUCAUGAGACACAGCGAGUUACUCAAACGAGGCUAUAUAUUUAUUUUUAAUAGGCAGCUUGAGAUUUUUUGAUAAGUAUUGGGUAGUGCAGUGAGCUCCGGGCUCCAGACUGACAGUGUGAUUGUGAAGUGUCCGGCCUGCAUGGCACUGUUAAUGUCAGCUCAGCUAAUAUAUGUUACUAUUCCAGUUUCAAUAUAAUAACGGCAUUACGUGGAGGAUCAAUGCACUUUAUUUACAUGUUGUGUGAUGUUGGCAUAGUAAUGGCCGUUUAAUUGUGAAAAUCAUCGAAUAUGUAAUUAGUGUAGUGAACAUAAUACUCUCUAUUACUUAUACGGACGUUAUAUAUCUGUUAGACCUAAGCCGGAACCUACGCAACUAUUCAUUUCCGUCUGUGUUCAUUGUCUAGUGUUUUGUUUUUCACUCGAUUCUUUAUCAUUUUCAAGCAAUUUAAUAGUUUCUGUACGAUAAUUAUUAAUUAUGGAUUCAACUUAUUGUACAUAGGUAUUGUCUUCUAAUGUUUUUAGAUAAUAAGUUGUAUGUUGUGUUGUGUUGUAAUAAGUGGUCUCCUAGUUGGGAGUAGUGGCCGCGUCGCUGGGACAUGUGUAGUCGUGCCGGUGUCUGACUGAAACAGCCGCCGCACAAGUCCUGAGGCCUUGUGCCUCAUGUCUCAACAAGUCUGCGACGUUGACGCUGUGAAUCAUGUGAAUGCUGAGGGCGCGGCGGGUCGCUCCCGCGCGGGCUGGACGGCGUCUAUCAACCGCAAUGCAAAAUCUUUUUAUUCAUUUGUUUUACGAAUAAAGUGUAAAAUCCAUUUAUAAGUAUGAUGAAAUGGUAAAACUUUCAACAAGCAGGUGCGGUGUGUGUUCUGUAAACAUAGAUUUGAUGCGUCACAGACCCUUUAUUUAGAAUCAUUGUAUGUAGCUUUAAAGUAACUUCAACCGUGCUUUAAGAUUGUAUGAAUAAAAAUAGAAUAUUUCGACACAAUAGUUUUCCUGUGUAUUGUGAUAUACCUAUAUGACAUUUUUUUUAAGACACUAGCUUUUUUGAACGAAGUUCCUUACGGCAGACGAGAAGGAGAUAGGGAUUUGCUGCGCGACCGGACUGAAAACAUGUGAGACUAAAACUGUAAGAAAACAUAUAACAGAAGUGCUAUAGUCGCAUACACAAGCAAAUAGUGUACAAUACCUUUCUCUAUCUCCCUGUUUCUUUCUGUUCUCUCGUCUCUUCUCUUUUUGAUACUACUCCGCAUGAGUUUAAACUACUCAUGAAUUCAUGCACAAGUAACGCACAUGCGCAUAUUCAUGAAAUUAUUCUCUAAGCACGUGCUGAUACUUACAUUAUAAAUUCAUUUUACUCGUAAAUAAACAC